CCAGAGUCAGGAAAAACGGAUUCCUGUGAAAGUGUAAGACAUUUUAGGAUCACUGGAUCUCAGGUCUCUGUCUGAUGAGCAGAUGAGUUUUGACAACAUUUCUCGCACUGGCUUUGCUGUAAACUGGGGGACGCGGGGGCGCGCUCGAGGGGGACGGAGCGCGCAGCCCCAGGAUCAAGUUACAGUCCCAGUCCCAGACUUUUCAAGGCAACAUUUUUUUCCUCCAUCACAAAAGUGGGGGAUGGUGAACGCUAUUUGGUUUCUUCAAACUUUAGAGUAACGAAAACCGCAGCUGGGGUAAACUUUGUGCUGGAAUUUAAAACGCAACUUUCGUUUACAGCUUCCACGCACCGCGUUUGUACGAUGAAGAGAUUUUUAAUAGUAUGUGAGAGAGAAAGGAGGCAUAAAAAACUUUGGAAUCGGACGAAAAGACACUUCUUUUAAAGGGGGAAAAUGUGGAAUCGGGAAUCUAGGAAAUAUCCACACUUUGACUUGGUUUGAAACCUUCAAGCGCAUCGCGCGCGAGUGGAGACCGACAGUUUAUUUGGAAACAUUUGAUGAAAUAUCGCUACAUUGUUGGGUCUCCAAGAUGUCCUCCAAGCGCCUCUGCUCCAUUGUUGGAGGCUUUUGGAUGCUUUGGAUCUGGGCAGCAACCUCUAUAAUCGCGCAGGCGGUCAUCUUGCACCCAAAUGAAACGAUAUUCAACGACUUUUGUAAGAAAUCCAUAACUUGUGAAGUAUUAAAAUACAAUACGUGCCUUGGUUCACCCUUGCCGUACACGCACACGUCUCUGAUUCUGGCUGAAGACUCAGAAACUCAAGAGGAAGCCUUGGAGAAAUUGGCCAUGUGGUCUGGGUUGAGAAAUGCUCCUCGCUGCUGGGCCGUCAUUCAACCGUUACUGUGUGCCGUUUACAUGCCAAAAUGUGAAAAUGGAAAGGUCGAACUGCCCAGCCAGCACCUGUGCCAAGCCACACGCAAACCUUGCAGUAUUGUGGAGCGGGAGAGGGGCUGGCCCAACUUCCUCAAGUGUGAAAACAAGGAGCAGUUCCCUAAGGGUUGCCAGAACGAGGUCCAGAAGAUCAAAUUCAACACUUCAGGACAGUGUGAGGCUCCCCUGGUCAAAACCGACAUCCAGGCAAGUUGGUACAAGGACGUGGAAGGUUGUGGGAUCCAGUGCAACAAUCCCCUGUUCACGGAAGACGAGCACUCGGACAUGCAUAACUACAUUGCCAUCUUCGGCUCCAUCACUCUCCUGUGUACCUUCUUUACGCUGGCCACAUUUCUCGCCGACUGGAAGAAUUCCAACCGUUACCCCGCUGUGAUCCUCUUUUACGUCAACGCAUGUUUCUUUAUCGGAAGUAUUGGAUGGCUCGCUCAGUUCAUGGAUGGAGCCCGCAAGGAGAUUGUGUGCAAAAGCGACGAUACUAUGCGGCUUGGAGAGCCGUCAUCCACCGAGACGCUGUCGUGCGUGAUUAUCUUCGUCAUUGUGUAUUAUUCGCUAAUGUCUGGAGUCAUUUGGUUUGUUAUGCUCACUUAUGCCUGGCACACAUCGUUCAAAGCCCUGGGCACCACCCAUCAGCCUCUCUCUGGAAAAACAUCCUAUUUUCAUCUGGUCACAUGGUCUGUUCCUUUCAUUCUGACAGUUGCUAUAUUGGCCAUUGCAGAGGUGGAUGGAGAUUCGGUUAGCGGCAUUUGCUUUGUUGGCUAUAAGAACUACAGAUACCGUGCAGGGUUUGUUCUGGCUCCUAUCGGGGUGGUCCUUGUUGUUGGCGGCUAUUUCCUAAUACGAGGGGUUAUGACGUUGUUUUCCAUUAAAAGUAACCAUCCGGGGCUGCUCAGUGAAAAAGCUGCUAGUAAAAUCAAUGAAACCAUGCUGAGGCUUGGCAUAUUUGGAUUCUUGGCCUUUGGUUUUGUUUUCAUCACGUUUGGCUGCCAUUUCUACGACUUUUUCAACCAAGCUGAGUGGGAAAAAAGCUUCAGGGAAUAUGUACUAUGUGAGGCGAAUGUCACCAUAGCUCACCAGACCAACAAGCCGAUCCCAGAGUGUGCCAUCAAGAACCGGCCUAGUCUCCUGGUGGAGAAGAUCAACCUCUUCUCAAUGUUCGGCACGGGCAUCGCAAUGAGCACAUGGGUAUGGACGAAGGCCACCAUCCUUAUCUGGAAACGCACCUGGUUUAGAAUCAUUGGCCGAAGUGAUGAUGAGCCGAAACGCAUUAAGAAGAGUAAAAUGAUUGCCAAGGCAUUUUCAAAGAGAAAAGAACUGCAGAAGGAUCCAGAAAAAGAGCUGUCCUUCAGCAUGCACACCGUUUCUCAUGAGGGACCUGUGGCGGGUAUCAACUUUGACCUGAAUGAGCCAUCAAUGGAAAUGUCUUCUGCAUGGGCCCAACAUGUGACCAAGAUGGUGGCUAGAAGAGGGGCAAUUUUACCACAGGAUAUCUCUGUGACACCCACUGGAACACCUGUUCCGCCUCCAGAGGAAAGGAACAAACUUUGGAUGGUUGAAGCAGAAAUUUCUCCUGAAAUGAUGAAAAGAAAGAAGAAGAAAAAGAGAAGGAAGGAAAUACGGCCAACGGGUCCUGCAGCGGACGAAGGGAAUCCUGCCUACCACCGGAGGGAGUUUGGUCCCAGCUCAGUCCCCCGUCUCCCAAAACUUCCAGGUCACCGGAGUCUGGUGGCUAACCUUUGGGAGCAGCAGCGACAGCAGCAGGAGGAACAGGAUAUGCUACCUGGAGCCUUCCCAGAAUUCAGGCCUUCAUGUCCUCUUCCUUAUCAGGAGAGGUAUGGUGGGUUGGGAUACUUACGCAAUAAACCCUCCAGCCUCCCCCUUGCCAAUCCCCUGACUCUACGAGAUAGCAUGCAAGAUGAUUUGGGCAGCUUCCAGCAGUCAUCAUGGCAACCAAAUGGGGUUUUCCGGUACCUUGGGCAGGAGGCUUCCGCGAUGGAUGCUGGCAGGACUGCCGUUGUGCCACGGGCCGAUGGCAGGAGGGGUGUACCAAUACACUCCAGAACCAAUCUUAUGGAGGCUGAGCUACUGGAUGCUGACUCAGAUUUUUAAAUAUUAGGAGACGUUGGUGCUCAUUUUGUGCAGUGAAAGGUGCUGGAUACUCAUGCCAAACAAUGAACCUUGAGCAGAAGUUGUAUUGAAAUGCUUUGCUGGCUCUGCUUGUCUAAAGGAUAAUACUUGUUUAUGCAACUCUCAUGAUAAUAUGAAUUAUGAACUGGAUUUAUUAAACAUUAUUAAAGAGUCAUAAAGACAUUUGUGCCUUCAACAUGGAUUUUGUAACAUCCCACAUGUGAUUGUGGUGACAAUACAUAUUGUUCAGUGUGCUAGCUGAGCUAAUAUGACAUAAUUUUGAUUCCUUUCUUGGUUUGGAAACAGGUUAGUGUUUAAGAGGGCUUUAUUCAAGAAUGCCACAUUAUUGGGAUCUUAGCUUAAAAAGGAAUUGUGUAAUUUCUGCAGCACUGGAGUUACCAAACAGAAUCAUAAAAAUAAUGACUGUUUUCAAAUAGGUUUUCCUGUCUUUCAGGAAAAAAGAUAGCCCCACCCAGAACACAUGCCAUUACCUGAGCCAGGGUUGCUGUGUUUGUGUAAUCUCUUGACCUGUAGGUGGCGUUGUAACCAAAUUUGGUAUUUGCCUUCAGAUCAUGGCACCGAUGAAGGGUACCAAGUUUUGUUUCAAGAGAUUGAAGUACUGUCAAGAUACGGUCUCUAAUCCAAUUGUGGGUCAAAAUUGUUAACUUAAUCUUAAAAGGACAGUUCACCCGAAAAAUUAAUAGCUAUUCUGACAACUCCUAAGGCUACGUUUACACUAGUGCAUUUUCAUUUUAAAACACACAUCAUAUAAUUAUAUUAACCAUACUAUCUUAUGAUUGUACCUGCAUGGUCAUGUGACAUGCAUUUUCGGUUGUGUAUGUAGAUGGAGAUCGUUUCUGAAACACAGUGAAAACGCCAGUGUUGACAAGGAUCAUUUUCAUUUUAAAAUGCUGAUUUAAAAUGAAAAUGUACUAGUGUAAACAGAGCCUAAGUCAGCAGCACCACACAAAUGCAUUGUGGUACUCUUCUAAACGCCUGUCGAAGACUGACAUAGAAAAGAAAUUGUUGAAGUUAUUUUUUUUUCCUUUUUGCACAAAAAGUAUUCUCGUAGCUUCAUAAAAUUAAGGCUGAAACACUGAUACCACACAGACUAUUUUAACGAUGUCCUUACUACCUUUCUGGGCCUUGAACAUUGUAGUUGCGUUGCUGUCUAUGCAGGGUCAGAAAGCUCUCGGAUUUUAUCAAAAAUAUCUUAAUUUGUGUUUCGAACAUGAACAAAGGACUUACAGAUUUGAAACAACAUAAGAGUGAGUAACAAAUGACAGAAUUUUCAUUUUUUGGUUGAACUAUUCAAGUGUCAUUAUCACAUUGAAUGGAGGCCAAAAAAAUGUUCAGUCAUUUCUGUGCAACUCCGCUCAAUGAUCAUCUGGUCCAAUUUUGAUGAAUAUUGACUGUUUUCAAACAGGUUUUCCUGUCAGCCAUUGGUUAGUCUAAGAGAUAGCUGUGCCCAGAACACAUGCCAUUGGUUGAGCCAAUGAUACUGUGUCAACAUGCUCAAAUAAACAUACAGUGUACGAAACAGUGUACGAAUGGCUUAUUUAAAGUUGUCCCUAUAUAUUAAACUGGGAUAGGAAAAAUUAUGUUUAAUAUUGAGUAACACCAGUUUUUUCAUAUUGGGCCUAUAGGCCAUUAUAUUACCAUUGGUAUGAAAAA